AUGGCCACUCAGUUGCCACUCUUGCAACCCCUGCCACUGGCUAUAUGCCUGUUGCCAAAGAAGACUGAUGCAAUAGGUGCAUGGAGAAAAAUCUGCCAUGCAUGGUUAAGCCAGGGCCUGCAUGUUGGCAGUGUAGCUGCCAGAACUGCAAUAUCCUCAGAACCCACCGCUCCUGUGCAGCAGACCGGGAAGUGGCAGGCAUCCACUAGAAGUAUGACACCCACCACUGGCAAGACAACCAGCUCAGCCACUCCAAGCUCCCACAGGCAAAUCAGGUUGGCAGACAUCAAGCCCAGCAUCCUGGGGGGUGGUGUCACACACCAAAGGUGUUUGGUGAGGUGGACAUGGAUACAGCUGAUGAAUGGAGAUGAAGACCAUAGCCCUCAUGUGAAGAAGGACAGCCAGGAAUGUUGGCAGUCAUCCCUUGCACAAGAACAGGUCAUCAGUGCCAGAGAAAAGAAAGGGAGCAAGUUAAGUGCUGGCUAA